AUGUUCGGCAUCCUCGAAGCUGUGACGGUGCCCCAUUCUGGCAUAUUCAACAGCUAUGAAGAACUUUUCAAAGAGCUCAGCGACCGCAUGGAAAAGGAGGGAUACAAGAUUGUCAAGGCUAGAUCACAUCGAGGCAAAGUGGGUGGUGCCGACAUCCCAGGAAACGAUAUAGUACGAUGCGAUCUCGUCUGCGAUCGAGGCGGCCGGCCAUAUCGGUGCAUGGCGACAAAACACAAGACAACUACUAAGAAAACAGAUUGCCCAUGGAAAGCCAAGGCUGUUCAUCGCAAGACUAUGGGCGGAUGGGUCUUGACAAUUACCUGCGAUCAACAUAACCAUGAGCCUGGCACACCCGAACCACCGACCCCCGAUGCUCCAAGCGAGGACGAAACUAAUAUGCUCGAAGACCUGGAAGAUGAUGGGCCGCAACCUGAUGCCGAGACUCAAGCUGCAAUCCAGGUCGCGGGCGUCUCUAAUGCAGUCCUCCGCUUGACCGGCGAUACUUUCCAUCAGUUCAAGAGCGAAUACCGCAAGAUGACACAUCCAGAACGGGUUGGAAUCUUAUCGCAACUUCAACUUCGCAUUGCUGCUAUAUAUGCCGUCCAGAACGAGGAUUUGCAGAGGCAGAAGAGGCAGGAGGCUCAAGACAAACGACAUCGACAGAUUGAAGAGACAAAGAGACAGUCAUCUGCACAGAAGCAGCGAGCUAGACAGCGUCGCCAGCAAGCAGUUGAGCAAAACCAGCAGCAACAGCAACAGCAACAGCAACAGCAACAGCAGCAGCAACAACAGCAGCAGCAACAACAGCAGCAACAGCAACAGCAACAACAGCAGAUGCAUACUCAACACAUCCAACAGCUCCCGUUACCACAACAGACCUCUCAAGCUCAGGCUCAAGCACAGGUUCAAGGCCUGGCACAGGCACAGGCACAAGCACAGGCACAAGCCAUGUUGCAGUCACAAUUGUAUCUCCCACAGAACCCUCAGCAGACCCCAAUUCCUGUGCCUACCAUGGAUAUGCCGCAGUUCCAGCAUUACGCUGGGCCUCCUAAGAGAAUGCGUGGGCGUCCUGCACAAGGUGGGCAACAGAACCAACAGUAG